UCUUUCAGAGUGCACCAGGCUGGAACGAGCAGAGCUUCUUAGCAACUCUCUUCUUUCCCCCCUCCCUCUUCAUUCUCGCGCUCUCUCCCUCCCUCAGACAACUUGCCUCCCGCCCUCCGCCCCCUCCACGUAAUUCCGAAAGAGCAGAAGAAAGAGAAGGAGAACAGGAAAAGAAGAGCUAGUCACCGAGAGCCAGAGCCCAGAGGGGAAAAAAAAAAAAAAGAUAUUGAAGAGUACCGAAAGGGAGGAAAGAAAAAGGAUGGCCAGCCACAAAACGCAGCGAUUGCGGAAAUUUUCCAGCGCCAUUGGCACAGCAGCGUGAGUCUUUUGGUCCAGAGUGAUUUCAGCACCGGGGGUACUGGACAGCACCCCGGGGGUACUUCUGGGCUACCCGCAGCCACAGCAACAACUCCAUCAACUGCCUCCAGCACAGAAGCCGCGGAAAAGCCUGCUUUGUAUCAAGGGAGGCAAGGUCAGUCCGACGCACAGCCAUGCACAGGCAGUGCGCCUGUACUACGCUGCAAACCCUCUGCUUGUUUCUCUAAUAUGCACUUUCUCCUAAUUACUAGCAUUGUUCCUUUCCUGUUUAGUGGGCCAUUAAAGGGAAUUCUGUAAGGGCAUAUUUUAAUUCGUAUGUACAUAACUAACUUUGUUUAUUUUCCAAAGGGUUAAGAGGGAGUGGGAUUAUUUUUUCUACUUUUUUUUUCUUGCUUGCCUUGCACUACGUGCCUCGAUAGUUUGUGGAUAUAAUUAUUGACUGGCGCCUGGGUUGUUGCAGUGCGGGGGGGUUAGGGAGGAAGGAAUCCACCCCCACCCCCCCAAUCCCUUUUCUUCGCCUUUCCUGGGUUCGGACAUUGGAGCACUAAAUGAACUUGAAUUGUGUCUGUGGCGAGCAGGAUGGUCGCUGUUACUUUGUCAUGAGAUCGGGGAUGAAUUGCUCGCUUUAAAAAUGCUGCUUUGGAUUCUGUUGCUGGAGACAUCUCUUUGUUUUGCUGCUGGAAACGUUACAGGGGACAUUUGCAAAGAGAAGAUCUGUUCCUGCAAUGAGAUAGAAGGGGACCUACACGUAGACUGUGAAAAAAAGGGCUUUACGAGUCUGCAGCGUUUCACCGCCCCGACAUCCCAGUUUUACCAUCUAUUUCUGCAUGGCAAUUCCCUUACUCGACUUUUCCCUAAUGAGUUCGCUAACUUUUAUAAUGCUGUUAGUUUGCACAUGGAAAACAAUGGCUUGCAUGAAAUCGUUCCCGGGGCUUUCCUGGGGCUGCAGCUGGUGAAAAGGCUGCAUAUCAACAACAACAAGAUCAAGUCUUUUCGAAAGCAGACUUUUCUAGGGCUGGACGAUCUGGAAUACCUUCAGGCUGAUUUUAAUUUAUUACGGGAUAUAGACCCGGGGGCCUUUCAGGACUUAAACAAGUUGGAGGUACUCAUUUUAAAUGACAACCUCAUCAGCACCCUACCUGCCAACGUGUUCCAGUAUGUGCCCAUCACCCACCUCGACCUCCGGGGAAACAGGCUGAAAACACUGCCCUAUGAGGAAGUCUUAGAGCAAAUCCCAGGCAUUGCUGAGAUCCUAUUAGAGGAUAACCCAUGGGACUGCACCUGCGAUCUGCUCUCCCUGAAAGAGUGGCUUGAAAAUAUUCCCAAAAAUGCCCUGAUAGGCCGAGUCAUCUGUGAAGCCCCCACCAGACUGCAAGGGAAAGACCUCAAUGAAACCACUGAGCAGGACUUGUGUCCUUUGAAAAACAGAGUGGAUUCUAGUCUCCCAGCGCCCCCUGCCCAAGAAGAGACCUUCGCUCCUGGCCCCUUGCCAACUCCUUUUAAGACAAAUGGGCAAGAGGAUCAUGCCACCCCAGGGUCUGCUCCAAAUGGAGGUACAAAGAUCCCGGGCAACUGGCAGAUCAAAAUUAGACCCACAGCUGCGAUAGCCACCGGGGGUGUCAGAAACAACCCUCCAGUCAAUGGCUUACCCUGCCCUGGGGGUUGCAGCUGCGACCACAUCCCAGGGUCUGGGUUAAAGAUGAACUGCAACAACCGGAACGUGAGCAGCUUGGCUGACUUGAAGCCCAAGCUCUCCAACGUGCAGGAGCUUUUCCUGAGAGAUAAUAAGAUCCACAGCAUCCGAAAAUCACACUUUGUGGAUUACAAGAAUCUCAUUCUUUUGGACCUGGGCAACAAUAACAUCGCCACCAUAGAGAAUAACACUUUCAAGAACCUUUUGGACCUCCGGUGGCUGUAUAUGGAUAGCAACUACCUGGACACACUGUCCCGGGAGAAAUUCAUGGGGCUGCAAAACCUCGAAUACCUGAAUGUGGAGUACAACGCGAUCCAGCUCAUCCUUCCUGGCACCUUCAAUGCUAUGCCUAAACUGAGAAUCCUCAUUCUCAACAAUAACUUGCUAAGGUCCCUCCCAGUGGACGUGUUCGCUGGGGUCUCCCUCUCUAAACUCAGCCUGCACAACAACUACUUCAUGUACCUCCCGGUGGCGGGAGUACUGGAUCAGCUAACCUCCAUUAUCCAGAUAGACUUGCACGGAAACCCCUGGGAGUGCUCCUGCACCAUUGUGCCUUUCAAGCAAUGGGCAGAACGCCUAGGAUCCGAAGUGCUGGUGAGCGACCUUAAGUGCGAGACGCCUGUGAACUUCUUUCGCAAGGAUUUCAUGCUCCUGUCCAAUGACGAGAUCUGCCCCCAGCUGUACGCACGGAUCUCUCCCACGCUAACUUCGCACAGUAAAAACAGCACUGGGUUGGCGGAGACUGGGACUCACUCCAACUCCUACCUAGACACCAGCAGGGUGUCCAUCUCCGUGUUGGUCCCGGGACUGCUGCUGGUGUUUGUCACCUCCGCCUUCACUGUAGUGGGCAUGCUUGUGUUUAUCCUGAGGAAUCGCAAGAGAUCUAAGAGAAGGGACGCCAACUCCUCGGCGUCUGAAAUCAAUUCCCUACAGACAGUCUGUGACUCUUCCUAUUGGCACAAUGGGCCUUACCAUGCAGAUGGGGCUCACAGAGUGUAUGACUGUGGCUCUCACUCGCUUUCAGACUAAGACACUCCCCCUUUCCCAGCCCCGCUCCCCCUAAAUCCUGGUGGAACAGGGGAGCCAGAAGGAGAGGCCCGCCCCGCUCCAGUCCCCUCCCGCAUUCCAGAGCUUAGAAGAUCCCAGAUCCAAGUCCGGCGUAACCCAAGACUUGAUGAACAUAAGUAAAUAAAUAACUAUGAACUCACUUCACCAAGAGGGUCUGACCUCUGAGCUCCCUCUUGGAAACAAAGAGCAGACAGUGGCGAGUUGCGAGAAAGCUCCGCCUCGCUCUUGCUGUGAGUCGCUUUUGAACAAAGCCCAGCAGGGGCUCUACUUUGAGGAUCUGAGGGUGGCCUCCACCCUCAGCACACCCUGCAGGGGGCUGUGGGCAAACUGCCGCCACCCUAUACAUAUAUACAUAUACCCACAUCUAUAUAGAGAGAUAGAUAUCUAUUUUUCCCCCCAGUGGAUUAGCCCCGUGAGGUGAGGGGCGUGAUGGCACCCUGUUGGCUACGCAGGGACGGGCAGUUGCACGAAGGCAUGAAUGUAUUGUAAAUAAAUAACUCUGACUUCAGACAAGAAAAAAAAAAAAGCAAAAAGUGCUGCAUGGCUCGCAUGGAAUCCACGCGCUCCAGGGACACUGCCCUCCCCCGCCCCCCAAGCGACUGGAGAUGGCGUCAAGUUCACAGCACCCAACCUCUUACCUGAUAAGUCCCAUCGUAUCAAACUUUCUAUAAACAAAAUACAGUAUAAUCAGAAAGUGCCAUUUUCACCAUUAUUUGUGAUCGGUAGGCAGUUCAGAGCGUAAGUUUACUGUGAAAACAAACAUGUAAAGAUUUUAUUUAAGACAUUUGCAUGGCUACUCAUCAGUCCACUAUAUGAGUUAAAAAUGUAUUUUGUUAAGCGAAGAUUUUAAUGGGUUGUUUUGGGUUCUUUGUUUUACUUUUAUGGUGAUGUUUUAUUUUAUUUUGAGGGGGAAUAUUUUUCUAUACAUAUCCAAUAAUGCCUUCCAUCUGAAUGUAAAAUAAGUACCCAUGAUUUCUAUUAUAGUAUCAGUGUAAUUAUUUAAAAAAAAACAGAUUCUGAGGCAGUUAAGCAUGACCAAUUAAUGUCACUCUAGUGCUUAGGCUGCGAUCCUAUGGUAGCAAUUCUGUGCUGGUGUAACUCUUACUUAAAAAGUAGGAAAAAAGAACCAAGGAAGCACGUGGAACUUACUAAUUCUAUUCGAGGAUUUUAUAAUGGCAUAUUUUUUCAGUAUUAAAGUGAAAAUGUUUUCAACUCUGGGUCUUCACAUUUUUCCAGCUUUUUAUUUGCAACUGGUAAAUUGGAUUUGCGGUG